AUGUUCAAUCACAUUUAUGGCUCACCAUUUCCAGUGAUAAAUCCCAAAAUAAGGUAUAAGACUGCUUUAGAAAGAGCAGGUUUUGAUACCAAUUUUCAUGAUGGGUUGAUGUCAAACCAGCUCCCGCCAGAACGUAGAAAUGUUUCUACAGGCUCUGGAAGCCCUGCUCGUCCAAACGAUGCGCAGCAAACACGCAUCAUGUCACUACCAGGCAUGAAUGCUAGUGAGACUCGGUCAUCACCUUCAGCGCUGCCAGUACCUGCCCGAGCACCACAAAGACCUAGGCCCACUUCAGCAUAUGGCAGGUUGCCAACGUCUUUGAAUGAGCUGCCCCGACAAACUAAUGGCGGUCCCCCGCAGAAGCCCUAUAGUAGCAACACGAGCCCUCGAUUUGCUCAGGAAACCCCUGUUGCAAAUAUGAGAUACGAAACAAAAGAUGUGGGAGAGAUUAGGUCUACCAACGGCGGUCCGAACAAAUCUGAUGGCAAUGGAAAUUACGGAUACCUCGACCGAACCGAAAAGCUCAAUGUUGGAAAUAGUGCAUCGAUUAAAGAUUACAAUGCUCUUAGAGAAAGUGAUGGCGAAGAAGAGGGAAACAACGAGAAUCGCAAGGAAGCAAAAUCAGACGAUAGAAUGCUGUGGAACGAUAAACCUGUCAGGGAUUCAAAAUACCCAUUCAAUUCAUUGCAUUCAUCACAACCUAGUGGUGCAUCAAGUUCAACGGUAUCCAAAGGGCCUGGACAUGAGCAAAAGAUGUCAGCUUUCGAUUUUGAGAUAGCUCAACCUCCGCCUACUACAGAAAUUAUGAAUCCUAUUGAACGAAGCUAUAUGAUGCUAACUCAAAAGAGUUCAUUUAGUUCAGAAAGGUCCCUGACGGACUCUAACUCCGUGCAUACGGCUGCAAAGUCUCUUGAAGAGGAUGCUGUAUUGUCAGCAGUAUCAGAAUUGCAUAUUCCAAGUGUAACAAAAGAAGACUUCUCGGAUUCAGGUAGGGAAAGUGAUGAUAAUGAAUGUAAUGAUAUGGAAAGUGAUUACAAUAAAAGUGAUGACGGCGAAAGUAUAAAUUUCGAGCCCUGCGCAGAACUCAAUAUCAGUUUGUCCUCAGAUCAAAAAGCUGAACACCUACACAAGAAUGAAAGUAUGCGUAACGAUAGCGAGCAUUCAUCUAAGAUAUCAGGUCUCAAGCUAGCUACACAAUUUGAUGACGCAUUGUCUCAAAAAUCCGCUGAAAAAGCUGUGGGCGAAAUUGAGGAUGCGCCAUUUAAAUUUAAGAGGCCAGUGGAAAGUCCUGUUGAGGUCGGCUCUCAAAGCUCUCUCAAUUCACAAAAAUCAAAUAUCGACUCGGCGAACGGUACAUAUGCAUCUUCACCGAAUAAGAACAAAUAUCGACAGAUGUCGUACGUUGGUCAUAGCUCUUUGAGCAACGAAGACAGCGUAUCAACACCACAAACGGCAACAAAUCUUCAAGUUGAAAAGCUUCUAGCACAAUUGAAUGACGUAUCUGAACACAAAAAUGCACAAGUCGACUCGUUCCCAGUUCCCUCACCAAACGGUACGUCAGACGAACGGACAGCAGCAACCACAGAAAGUAGAUCAGCUUUGCAUGUUAACGCUGGAAAUCAUUACAAAAAAUCCAGCGCAUUUCUUUCGGGCUUCCCAACUGAUAAUGCGCCGCAAUCUAUCACAAUCGAUGAUGAUAAUAUGUCAUCCACUGGAGUUGUUGGAGAUACCCCAUUAUUCUAUAACUUCAAGCAGCAUAAAUUGAAGGAGUUCGGUGAUUCAGGACGCAGUCCUCGUGAAGCAUCAUUGGAUGAAGCUUCAAACACAAAAAAUAAAUUGGUAUUUAGGAAUGUCGCAAUAGAACCUCUACAACUAAAGUACAAGACUGCGGAGGAGAUAGAGGAAGAGCGCAUCAGGAGACAUGGUACCAGCGAGUCGGCAGAGUUACAGCCCAGUACGCCACGAGCCACGUCAGCAGCUAUUGAGAACGUAGCACAUUCAGAAAAGCAAGUUGUUCAGGAACGUUCACAUAAGUAUCCCCCAGGGGAAGGCCCUUGUCGAUUAUGCGGAUUAGAAGUCACGCAGAAACCCAUAUUUUCCAAGAAAGAUAACGAAUUAUCUGGUCAAUGGCAUCGUAAUUGUUUCAGAUGCUUGAAAUGUAAUAUAAGAUUCAGCAAGCAAACGCCAUGCUAUAUUUUCGAUGAUGAGCCUUAUUGUCAACAACACUACCAUGAGAAAAACAACAGCAUAUGCAAAAUUUGCAACGGUUUUAUAGAGGGAGAAUGCUUGGAAAACGAUAGAAAUGAGAGAUUUCAUGUAAACUGCCUCACAUGCUUUCUGUGUAAGACGGUUAUCUCUAAUGAUUACUUCAUUUACAAUGAAGAAUUCCCACUAUGUGGACACCAUGAUGUUGAGUCUUUAAUGGAGAAUGAAGACAUUGACUUGAACGGUAAAAGCAAUCUAUCUAGAAGAAGAACAAGGUUGAUAAAUUUUUCUCAGUCCUAA